GACGGUAGUGACGCGUGUUGCCGGGAGCAUGGCGGACGCCGGUUUGCGCCGCGUGGUUCCCAGCGAUCUUUAUCCCCUUGUGCUCGGCUUUCUGCGCGAUAACCAGCUUUCGGAGGUGGCAAAUAAGUUCGCCAAAGCGACAGGCGCUACACAGCAGGAUGCCAAUGCUUCUUCCCUCUUGGACAUCUAUAGCUUCUGGCUCAACAGGUCUGCCAAGGCCCCAAAGCGGAAGUUACAGACAAAUGGGCCAGUGACUAAGAAGGCCAAGAAGACCUCAUCCAGUGACAGCAGUGAGGACAGCAGCGAGGAGGAGGAGGAAAAAGCUCAAGGCUCUCCACCUAAGAAAGGUGCUGUAGUUACUAAGCGGGCCAGUCUGCCUCAGCAUCCUGGAAAGGCUGCAGCUAAAGCUUCAGAAAGCAGCAGCAGUGAAGAAUCUAGUGAUGAAGAGGAGGAGGAGGAGGAUAACAAGAAAAAGCCUGUCCAGAAGGGAGUUAAACCUCAAGCCAAGGCAGCUAAAGUUCCUCCUAAGAAGACUCAGAGCUCUGAGUCUGAUUCUGAUUCAAGCUCAGAGGAUGAGACACCAAAGAACCAGAAGCCAAAGACCACACCUAAGACAGCUAAAGCUCAGCCUAAAUCUCCAGGCAAACCAGGUCUGCCUGCUCAAGCAGCACCUAAAGUAGCCAAUGGCAAAGCAGCCAGCAGCAGCAGCAGCAGUAGCAGCAGCAGCGAUGACUCAGAAGAGGAGAAGACAGUAGUAGCAGUCUCCAAAAAGACUGUACCUAAAAAGCAAGUGGUGCCUAAGACUACAGCGAAAGCAAGUGUCAAGCCUACCCAGGAGAGUUCUAGCAGUGAAGAGUCCUCUAGUGAAGAGGAAGAACAGCAGACAAAACCCUUGAAGAAAAAACCAGGUCCGUACAGUUCAGUUCCACCGCCUUCUGCUCCCGCACCAAAGAAGUCCUUGGGAACUCAGCCUCCCAAGAAAGCCAUGGAGCAGAAACAGCCCGCAGAAAGCAGUGAAGACAGCAGUGAGGAGUCUGAUUCAAGUUCUGAGGAAGAAAAGAAGCCUCCAGCUAAGCCUGUCAUCUCCAAAGCAGCUCCUGCUAAACCUCCAGCAAAGAACGCGGCAGAGAGCUCUUCAGACAGCUCAGAUUCUGACAGCUCUGAGGAUGAAGCUCCUGGGAAACCAAUCAGUACCACCAAGAAUUCCUUAAGUAAACUAGCUGUUACUCCCAAGCCAACUACAACUAAGUCAGCUUCGGCCAAGCCAACUGCAGCCAAAACAGCUGUAGGCAAAGCUGCUGCAACUCCUAAGCAACCUGCAGGCCAGAAGCCUCUGACCCGAAAAGCUGACAGCAGCUCUAGUGAGGAGGAGAGCAGCUCCAGUGAGGAGGAGAGGACAAAGAAGACUGGGACUACCCCUAAGCCUCUGCCUGCCAAAGCAGUAGUAUCCUCUCUGCCUGCCAAACAAGUUCCUCAGGGUAAUGGGGACAGCAGCUCUGAAUCAGACAGCUCCAGCAGUGAGGAAGAGGAGAAGGUGACACCUAAAUCUUCAGUUAAGAAGACAGCAGGAGGUGGAACCCCUGCCAAGCCAGGAUCUACCAAGACAGCCCCUACUAAGCCAGCCCCUGCCAAGAAAGUGGCUGCUGAAAGUAGCAGCAGCUCUUCCUCAGAUGAUUCCAGUGAGGAGGAAGAAGAGAAGCCCAAGGGCAAGAGCACUCCAAAAUCACAAGCCCCCAAAGCCAAUGGCACUGUAGCAGUGACUGCUCAGAAUGGAAAAGCAGGCAAGGACAGUGAGGAAGAGGAGGGAGAGAAAAAGGCAGCAUUGUCAGUGUCCAAGCCAGGUUCAGGAAAGAAGCGGAAGCAGAAUGAGGCAACUAAGGAUUCAGAGACUCCUCAAGCCAAGAAGAUUAAGAUCCAGACUCCUAACACAUUUCCAAAAAGGAAGAAAGGAGAAAAAAGGGCAUCUUCACCAUUCCGACGGGUGAGGGAGGAGGAAAUUGAGGUGGAUUCACGAGUGGCAGACAACUCAUUUGAUGCCAAGCGAGGUGCAGCUGGAGACUGGGGUGAACGAGCCAAUCAGGUUCUGAAGUUCACCAAAGGCAAAUCCUUUCGGCAUGAGAAAACCAAGAAGAAGCGGGGCAGCUACCGGGGAGGCUCCAUCUCUGUUCAGGUCAAUUCUAUUAAGUUCGACAGCGAGUGACCUAAGGCUACCCCUGACAAAGCAAGGGUGAUAAGGGAGGCCACUCACCUGUGGUGGACCUAGGAACUCUGCUCCGUUAGUGGAAAGUCUUGGUAUGAACAGAAGUUCAGAGUAGGUCCUAAGACUUUGCAACGUAACAUUCUCUUCGGUCCUUUUUUAUGUUCCAAGUUUUGUACAGAUUUGUUUUUGAGUGUCAAGGACAUAGUAAGAAGAAUGUUGUUUUUUAAGAAUCUGUUCUAGUUGUCAUUCUCUUCUUCCUGUUCUGUGAAAGUCCUCAUACUGAGAAAUUUGUAUAUUUUAUAUUAAAUAAUUUCUUAUUAAUUUUUGUUGUGAUUUUCAGAGGUGGACUCCCACACAUAAAAUUUAAGCAAUUAAAUAAGACAUAGUAAAUAAUCCCAUAUAAAAUUUUAUAAUUAGGAGAUUCUUCCUGCGUGAAUGCACAUGUCUAUAUUUUAUCCCUCUUUUCAAAGCCCUGGUGAGAGACAGUUUUAAAGACUGGUUAACGUAUGUGUUUAUAUCUGUUAAGCAUGCACUAUCAUCCUCAUUUGAGUAUGGGACUAAAGUUUUCAGCCAGUGUGGACCUACAACUUCGGGGAUAAAAGUUACUGUUUUUGUAACAUUUUGCCCUGUAAAAUGCAGAUAAUUUGAGUGUGUGGAAGUCAUGGGUCAGACUGAAUAUUUCAUUUUCUGCAGUUUUGUCAGUGUUACAUAAUGUUUGCAGUACAUCUUUUGUUUUUAAUUUGAAGCAAACAUUAGUACCGUUAAAAGGCAUUUUUCAGUGACUUGACAUGCUAGUGGUAUACUGAGGAGAGGAUUGGAUCUUUUGUUGUAUAUAUGAUCCAGAACAAAAUCCCAUUGAUUUUUUUGUGAAAAGUGCAUUUCACUUCGUAUUUAUCUGUUGGUAGCAGUGAUGACACAAAAUUGAUGAAUUCCUUCUACCUGGUUGGGUAUCACUGACAAGAAUGUAGGGAAAAGAACUGUACUAUAAUUAAAUCCCUGAUCCUUAGUAGGAAUUAGAUUGGUUGUAUUAGGUGGAUUCAUUGGUAACCUCUAUGUGUUCGUAGAGGUAGAAAGAAUUUUACAAAAUUGUAAAAUUUCAGUAGAGUUCGAUUAGGAGAGCAUUCUAAUAGGAUUGCUGCGUUUUUAAGUUAGCACUGGGAGCUAAUCCAUGGGCUCCCCUUCAGAAGCCUAACUAACAGUGAAAUAACAAUAAACAGCAGGACUGGGGAUAGCUCAGUGGUAGUAUGCUUGCCUAGUGUUUUUGUGAGGUUCUCUGAAUUAGACGUCUGACUAUUAAGCUUAGCCAGAGCAAAGGGGAGGGAAGAGUCUAGUUUUUGAGAGCAUGGGCUGUCCCUGUAUGUGGAAGUAUAGGUCUUAAGAGCUUCCCCUAGUUUGGAUUCCACACUUCUAAAUAACCCUUAUAAAACCUGGUUCUUUGUGUAACUACCUUGAGGAAGAAAAGCACCCUUCAUGCUGAGCUGACCUACGUGUUUCAGUCUGCAUGGUAAAAGUUUUACAUCUGAUUACAAAACAAUAAACUGGUUUAUCAUG